AUGUCCAAGCAGACCUACAGAGUGUGCUUCUGCUUCCGGCGGAGGUUCAAGUUGGCAGCGGCGGAGGCGCCGGCGGACAUUAAGGCCAUCUUCGACGAGUAUUCGGAGAAUGGGGUGAUGAGCGUGGAUCAGAUGCGGCGGUUUCUAGUGGAGGUGCAGAGGGAGGAGGGCACGACGCCGGAGGAUGCGCAGGCGGUGAUGGACAGUCUUCACGAGCUGAAGCAUCUCAAUAUAUUUCAUAAGCGAGGCCUCAAUCUCGAGGGAUUCUUCAAGUACUUGUUCGGGGAUGCCAAUCCCCCUCUUCAUCCCAAACUCGGGGUUCACCAUGAUAUGAAUGCACCACUGUCGCAUUACUUCAUAUACACCGGCCACAACUCGUAUCUAACCGGGAAUCAACUAAGUAGUGAUUGUAGUGAUGUUCCAAUCAUAAAGGCACUUUGCAGUGGUGUGCGGGUUAUUGAAUUGGAUAUAUGGCCAAACUCCACGAAAGACAAUGUUAACGUUCUGCAUGGGAGGACACUGACCACCCCUGUCAAACUCAUCAAAUGUUUGAGAUCUAUUAAGGAACAUGCAUUUGCUGCAUCCGAGUAUCCUGUUGUUAUAACACUUGAAGAUCAUCUUACUCCAGACCUUCAGGCGAAAACAGCCGAGAUGAUUACUCAAACAUUUGGAGACAUGCUCUUUUCCACGGGCCCAGAAUGCCUAAGUGAGUUCCCCUCCCCAGAAUCUCUGAAGAGAAGGGUUAUAAUAUCAACCAAGCCACCCAAAGAGUACUUACAGGCCAAAGAUGUUAAAAUACAAGAGAACGGCUCAAAGAAGGGCAAGGAUCCUGCUAAGGAAGAGCAUUGGGGGAGUGAAAUAAAAAGUUUCAAGCCCGAAUAUUAUUUUUCUUCGUUCAAGGAUGGUGAUUUAGAUGGGGAGGGUGAUGGAGAAGAUGAAGAAGAAGAGGAUCCUAAGUCAUUGCAAAAUGUGGCACCAGAAUAUAGACGUCUGAUUGCUAUUCAUGCAGGAAAAGGGAAAGGAGGAAUGAAGGACUGGCUGAGGGUGGAUCCUGAUAAAGUGAGACGCCUUAGCUUAAGCGAGCAAGAGCUGGAGAAGGCCAUUAUUACUUAUUCCAAAGAUAUUGUCAGGUUUACUCAGAGGAACUUGCUGAGGGUGUACCCAAAAGGUAUACGUUUUGACUCGUCCAAUUACAAUCCCCUGAUUGGAUGGAUGCAUGGUGCUCAAAUGGUUGCUUUCAAUAUGCAAGGCUAUGGAAGAUCACUUUGGUUGAUGCAAGGCAUGUUCAAGGCCAAUGGUGGCUGUGGAUACAUUAAAAAACCAAAUCUUUUGUUAAAGAAUGGUGGCAAAAUCUUUGAUCCUAAGGUUACAUUACCCGUCAAAACUACUUUGAAGGUGACUGUAUAUAUGGGUGAAGGAUGGUAUUAUGAUUUUAAGCAUACGCACUUUGAUGCUUAUUCUCCUCCGGAUUUCUAUGCUAGGGUGGGAAUUGCGGGGGUCCCAGCUGAUGUAGUUAUGAAGAAAACAAAAGCCCUUGAGGACAACUGGAUACCCACAUGGGACGAAGUUUUUGAGUUCCCAUUGACAGUUCCCGAGCUGGCCCUACUCAGGAUCGAAGUCCACGAGUAUGAUAUGUCCGAAAAAGAUGACUUUGCAGGACAAACGUGUCUUCCGGUGUCCGAGCUGAGAAAGGCUUCCGACGAUUACCUGAUUUACCCACGUACCUUUAAAGAGUCCGACGGCCACCUCCAGCGAGCAGUCCUCCGCUGGUCGUGCCCAGACACAUACAAAGAAACGCUGCACGGGAGCGCGAAUAACAACGACACUCGGCUGAGCAUCAAGCGGUAUAGCAUCACUUCUACGAUGACCGCUGUGCCACAAGUCGCGACCUUUUCACCGGUGACGGCUUCUCCGAUGAAUGCAACAUGGAUGCUAGUUUAA